AUGAGUCUUGUGGCCAACCCUAAUGCCAUUCAGGAUCGGACUCUUGAAUUCAAGCAAUGCGUCACCAAUUUCAAUAGAAUAAACCGCGAUAAAUUGAAGAGCAAGCUGUCGCCCGCUCCUGCCGUCAAUAAAUCAGAAUUUAGUUCAAGGGCUGGGACGAUUGCCAAAGAUAUUGCUCAUGCCACUGAAUUAUUGGGGAAAUUGGCAUUACUUGCUAAAAGAAAGCCGUUAUUCGACGAUCGACCAAUCGAGAUUGCCGAAUUGACCUAUGUGAUCAAGCAAGAUAUUUUCAGGGUUGAGAAACAAUUGAAAGAAUUGCAGCAUUAUGCCAGCACAGGACAACAGAUUUCGUCAUCCAAUAAGUCACAAAUUAGUACAUUUUCUAAAAAUGUGUUACAGAUCCUUAACACCAAGACCAAGAAUAUGAGUGGGGAAUUCAAAAGUGUCCUUGAGAUGCGUCAAAAGAACGAAAUGGAGAGUAAAGAACGGAAAAACCAAUUUCUAUCUAAAAGUGCCAACACCUUGGACAAUAAUGGCAGUGGCAAUAAUAACGAUCCCCUUUUUCGUCAACAAUCUUCAAUGGGAGGCGCCAGCGAAAAUCCAUUUUUAUCAUCACUUGCCACUGAUGACCCAGAUGUUUCCAUCCCAGGGGACUCGCCUUAUCUUUCUAUUCCGGAACAAACACAGCAAAUGGCGCUCCUCGAAGAACAAUCGCAAGAGUAUUUACAAGAACGUAAUAGAGCAGUGGAAACCAUUGAGAGCACAAUUAACGAGGUUGGGAAUUUAUUCCAACAAUUGGCAACAAUGGUGAACGAACAAGGCGAAAUGAUUCAGAGAAUUGAUAGUAAUGUUGAUGACAUCGAGAUGAAUAUUCAAGGAGCCCAAAGAGAAUUGUUGAAAUAUUUCAGUAGCAUUAGUAAUAAUCGGUGGUUGUAUGUCAAGAUAUUUGGGAUCUUAAUCUUCUUCUUUUUGCUUUGGGUGUUGGUCAGUUAG